UCUCUCACAGCGGGUAUGUGGAUGGCGUUAAUUUAGCGAGUUCACGGGCGAUUAUGAUGAUUAUACGCUCUCCCAAGUUAACGGAGUUAUCUGGAGGAGGUGUAGCACCUGUGAUGGACUUCUGCUGUGCUCCGAUGUCGUCUUAUUGUCCGUCACGAGAUGUGUUUACACUCUGAGUGCUGAACUCCUGACACCGGAACUCUGCUGAAACCGACCUCUCGCGUGAGUCACAGAUGGCGCGAGAUUCACAACUGCGAAACACCGAAUAUGUUUAUGUCGCGGACGUAACGAGCAAAGCUCUUCAGCAUCUCACCAUGUCAUUUAGGUCCUUCAGACUUAUAUUUCAACUAAAUGCUUCUGUGGAGCAUGAGCAUGGCUAAAACCUUCCAGCUUCUGUUGGAGCCCCGCCUUUUCAAACUUUUUGUUUUUGCCUUUUAGCUUCUGGGGGAGAACCCCCCCCCCCAGACCCCUCACCAUUUAAAUACAGUGGAACCUCGACAUACGAGUGAAUCAACAUACAAGUUUUUUUUUUUUAAAUACCACCCGUUGCUCGGUCCAUAUUUUUGUUUGGAAUACGAGCGGAAAUCUGAGUUGCGAGUCUUGCUUCAGGACGCCGCCGCAAGUUGGCGCCCGGCCACCAGCAUCAGUUGAGACUGUAUCUCAUUCCCACUUGUUCUCUGUGUGUGUCAUCAUGGGUCCAAAGAAAAGUGGAGCAAAGAAAAAAAGAAUGAUGUCUAUUGAACUGAAGCGGGAGAUAAUAGAAAAAUAUGAGCGUGGUGUGCGGGUUGUCGACCUGUCAAGGCAGUACGACCGCAGAACAUCGACGAUUUGCACCAUCCUGAAGCAAAAAGAUGCAAUUAAGGGUGCAACACUGUCCAAAGGAACUACAGUUCUUCCAGAGCUAUGGACAAGCAUCCAUGAAGCGAUGGAAAAGCUUUUGUUAUUGUGGGUGAAAGAGAUGGAGCUGGUAGGAGAUACCAUAACAGAGGCUAUCAUUUGUGAGAAGGCUCGUACCAUCUUCAGCGACUUGAAAGAGCGGGCACCAGGGACUUUAGCGUUAUCAGAAGAGUCAUUCAAGGCUAGUCAUGGGUGGUUUGAUAACUUUAAGAAGAAGAUGAAUAUCCACACCGUGGUGAUGCACGGGGAAGCUUCAAGUGCUGACGUUAAGGCAGCGAAUGAAUAUGUCACACGUUUUGCUGCACUUUUUGCGAAUGAAGGAUAUGUCCCGCAACAAGUGUUUAACUGUGAUGAAACUGGAUUAUUCUGGAAAAAAAUGCCACGGAGGACCUAUUUAACGGCAGAGGAGAAGAAGCUGCUAGGCUAUAAGCCCAUGAAGGAUCGCCUCACUCUUGCAUUGUGUGCAAAUCCUAGCGGUGACUGUAAAAUCAAGCCACUGCUAGUGUACCAUUCAGAGAAUCCUAGAGCUUUUAAGAGCCACAAAAUCUUAAAAGAAAAACUCCAGGUUAUGUGGCGUGCUAAUGCAAAGGCAUGGGUUACGAGGCAGUUUUUCACAGAAUGGGUAAAUCUUGUUUUUGGUCCUGCUGUGAAGGAGUUUCUGCAGGGAAAAAAGCCUUCCACUGAAAGCCUUACUGAUUCUGGAUAAUGCUCCAGCUCACCCACCUGGCCUUGAAGAUGACAUUCUUGAGGAUUUUAAGUUUGUGAAAGUCCUCUUCCUCCCACCCAACACUACUGCAAUCCUCCAGCAGGUCAUUGCCAACUUUAAGAAGCUUUACACAAAGCAGUUGUUCCGCCGCUGCUUUGAAGUGACUGAAAACGCAGAGCUAACUCUUCGAGAGUUUUGGAAAAACCACUAUAACAUCGUGAUAUGCUUACGCAUUAUUGACGUGGCAUGGCAGUGUGUUCCAAGAAGAACCUUGAACUCGGCAUGGAAGAAGUUAUGGCCUGAGGUUGUUGCAGACGGGGACUUGGAAGGAUUCAAACCCGAGUCUGAGCCCGACCCUGCUGAAGUGGUGGAGGAAAUUGUGUCCCUCGGAAAAUCAAUGGGUCUGGAGGUAGAUGAGGGUGACGUGAACGAGCUUAUCAAGGAACAUGAAGAGGAGCUCUCAACAGAGGAGUUGAAGGAGCUGCAGAUGAUGCAACAUAUGGAGAUUUUGCAAGAGAUUAAGAGUGAGGAGGAUGUGGAGCCAGAGGAGAUUAUCACUACAAGUGAAAUUAAAGAAAUGCUGGCGAUGUGGGAGGAGCUUUCAAGUUUCGGUGAAAAGAAACACCCAGAAAAAGUUUCCACUGGUCGUGCUUCAGCAUUUUUUAAUGACACUUGUCUGUCACAUGUCCGCAACAUUUUGAAAAGCAGGCAGAAGCAAACCUCCUUGGAUAGGUUUUUAUCCCAAUGACCUGCAAGUGAAAGUGCAUCCAAAAAGCCAAAAAUAACUGAA